AACAACAAUGGCCGCCACCACGGAUAAUAUUGCCUAUGCGGUGUUUAUGCAACACGGAACAUGUUGAAAAAUAGAUUUUAGAACAAUAUAACGUUGAAAUAAAAUUAAUAAUCUAGCUACAAUUCCUUGUGCCCGGGAAGUUUGGCGUGACUUGCCUGGAACGCUACAAAGUCGUGAGUCAUGGUUUGAAGUCGUGAUUUACAUGCUAAAAAACAUGCCUGGGAAUGCAGCAUAAAUCCCAUAUGAGGGUCCUAAACCCCGGGGCACAGAAUUAAAAUACCAAAUGUGGGACCGCACCCCUCAAAGGGUUAAUGGUGGAGAACCACUGCUUUACACCUUUGAAGACUCACUACUUGCUAUGACGAAAUGUCAUGUAACUGUUUAUUUCCUCAGGCUGUAAGAAUUUGGCUCUGAGUCAAGCAGGUCUUGCAGCAAACCAGGAAGCGACACUUGAUCGACUGGACUGAGAGCCUCAUAUUUACAUAGCGCCGAAACUCCACGUUUGUUUUGGGCGUUGAAGAAAACACGUGGGAGAAAUAUACAUAUAUAUAGAGGAGUCCGAAGACAUGGAGAGACGCUUUUAAACUGUCCGCUAUGGAAGUGACAAACGAAGAGGCAGCCUGCAAAGUCUACGCAGUUUUAAUGGAGCCCGAGAUCGUGAGCCGUUUGAGGAAAAAGUACCACUCACUGCGGAGACAGGUCUGUUUGAUCCAGUCCAUCAGCCUGCUGCUCUGCUUCAGCUGCUGCGUGUUCACGCUCCUGAACCACGCGUUCCCGCCACAAUGCACGGAAAAUGGAACUAAGGGGAUAUCUAAAUUUGAAAUGCAGCAUCAAGUUUUGGAAUCGAAUAGCAGAGAAGAAACGAAGCCGAAACAAAGAGACACAUCUUUCAUUCGCCUCACAGUUAAAAACGAUCACCCGUUCACUAAAGCCGGAUUUGUGCCAUGGAUGGCUACCCCAGAGUAUCAGUCACCAGACUCUACCAGUUACUUCAUCUUGGAAGAAGAUAAUGAAUCUCUGAAAAUCCUUCAUGAAGGAACAUACAAGGUUUCUCUGCAGAUUACGUACAGAAAAUUCAGUGAACAACCAGAAAAUGAGGAAAUAUUACUUCAACAUGAUAUUAAUCAUGACACUGCUGCGUAUCCUCUAGACCUGCCCCUGCUCACCCACUGCGAAACAGUGAACAGUACAAACUGGAGGAAAAGUCUGUUUUCUGAAGGUAUUUUUUACCUCAAUUCUGGGGACAAACUCAAGGUGUUUUCCAAUAAUCUCAACCUCAUUGAUGUUGGAGAUAAAUUUGUGCAAAAAACAUUCUUUGUGGUGUAUCCUCAUUUUACCUCGUGUGGAUAAGGCGAAUACGAAAAAACAUAAAGACAAUUGCUUCUGCAGCUUUGAAUAAUGAUCAAAAGGGCUGCAAUGAAGUAUCAUAUUAAUCUGUCUGGGAUGACCCUGUCAUCUAAACCGAUUCUCCUGUCAGCAAAAUCUGAUAUAUUUAUGCUAUAAUCAGUAGCAUGGUCAUGUACAGAAGAAAACCCUUACUAAAAAAAUACUGUGGUACAUUAAUGCUGUAAAAUGGUAAUACUAGAGUACUUUGAUGUAAACUAUGGUAGUGAAAUGCAAUUCCUCUAUAGUGUCAUUUUUAAGAAUGUGUUAAACAACUUGCUAAUACCAUAGUAUUUUAUUUUUUAUAUAUAUCUUUUUUUUUAAGAGAAGACUGUUCUGCUUCACAACUAGGGACAAAACAGAAUUGGCUUGUGUUUUAAAAGCUACAUUUUGUUUAAGCACUACAACUGUAGAAAAAUUGUAAUUUUGUAAUGAAGUUUUAUUUUUUAUUUUUUUCAUUUUGAUUGAAUUUGGCAAAAAAAAAAAAAAAAAAAUGCUAAACCAU